CACGCUGAGAGGGAGAGAGAAGGAGCGGCGGGCCGGCCACGGGCUGGGGCGUCCCGGCUCCCGCGCUGCUGUGGCGGCGGCGGGGAAGGGGCCGUGAGGGUUCCGUCGGUGGGGGAUUAGUACACCAAGAUGACUCCAGCUGCUGGGAAGUAACAGAGCACCGUCUGCUGUGCCCAAGCCUCGGCCAUAAGGAAGGGGCUCUUGGAGUCUCCUGGGCAGCAACUCGGGUGCUUCCAGGCCGCCCAUGACCUUCAGGAUGGAGGCAGAUGGUCUGGAGUGGCUCUUCAACCCUUUACACCAAAUCGUGUCAUGGGGUGCCUCGGGGGCCAUGGUGUUUGGAGGCGUUGUGCCAUAUAUACCCCAGUACCGAGACAUCAAAAGAACUCAGAACGCCGAGGGGUUUUCCACUUAUGUGUGUCUGGUGUUACUAGUAGCUAAUAUUUUACGAAUACUGUUCUGGUUUGGAAGGCAUUUUGAAUCUCCUCUUCUGUGGCAAAGCAUUGUUAUGAUCUUUACUAUGUUAUUGAUGUUGAAACUCUGUACCGAAGUUCGAGUGACAAAUGAGCUGAAUUUAAAACGUCGUUCCUUUGCAGCUGCAGAUAGUAAGGAUGAAGAAAUCAAAGUUCCACCCAGGCGGUCCUAUCUGGAUUUUGAUUUGCACUAUUUCUGGCAUUGGAGCAAAUUCACUGACUAUGUGCAGUGUGUACUGGCUUUCACGGGAGUGACUGGAUACAUCACUUACCUCUCUCUUGAUUCUGCUCUGUUUGUGGAAACGCUGGGGUUUCUUGCUGUAUUCACGGAGGCCAUGCUGGGUGUGCCACAGCUUUAUCGAAAUUACCAGAAUAGAUCCACUGAAGGAAUGAGCAUCAAGAUGGUAUUAAUGUGGACCAGUGGUGACACCUUUAAGACCGUGUACUUCAUCUUGAAUCAGGCUCCUUUCCAGUUUUCCAUCUGUGGUUUGCUGCAAGUGCUGGUGGACAUGGCCAUUCUGCUGCAAGUCUACCUGUAUACCUACUACCCCCAGAAGCCAGCAUCCCAUGCAGCUCACCCAGUUAGUGCAAAGGCCCUCUGAAGGCAGAGAGAGAAGAUACCUGCCAUCAUUGAGGGGAAUACCAGCGUGAGAGCUCUGCUUUCCUACAUGGGAGCCUGGAGAUACAACUGCCUCCUUCCAAACAAAAGUAAAACAGGACUGGGAAAUGUACUGAGGACACUGGUGAGGCUGUGUGGAAUUAGGAGGAAAGGCAUGAGGCAAAAGGAAAGGAAAGCUGAAUGUCCAAUAUCUUGAGAGGGUUAGCUUUAAUAAUCUAUUGUACUUCAGUCUCACUAGUUAAGGAGGAUGUUGAAAGUUUUGCUUUUGAUAGAUUUUUUCCCGUACAUACUCAUGGGCCUUAUUCCACUAGGAUAGCACUGGUAUAUUGUUAUAUGUGCAUGCUCAUAAAUGAGCAUUUAUAUGGAAAUGUAUUUUAUAUUUCAAGGGCUGGGUUUUAAAUUUUUAGCUGAUAUAAAAAAUUUUUUUCUACCCAUUUCUCCUCCCCACCUUUAGAAAAAAACCUAUCCAUACAAAUAUUUGAUUGGAAUUCUUAACAUAUUUAUUGCACAUUGCAUAUUAUAUGCACAUUGGAAUUUGAGUUUAGAGUACUCAUUAAAAAAGCUAGUUCUCUUGAUGUGCUGGGGAGCAGCCACCAUAGCCAGUAAAGCCGGAUGAAAAAGAAAAAUGAUUUCAUUUAUCAAGGAGAAGCAGUUAAAAUUCAGUUUCAAGUUUCCAUCUUUAAGCACAGGUUAUCUCUUUGGUUGAAUCUACAUUCAGCACAUAAGCACCAGUCACCUUUUAAAGGGACUAUCCUCUAAUUUCCUUUACUGCUGAGCAGUAUGGGAAUUGUUUUGACUUUCUGAAGACCUUAUAGUAAUUAUGAAGGUUGCUAAGAGUAAUGAUGAGUUGCCCUCUUGGGUCCGAAUAGGGGCAGAGGAAAUUAGUUUAUUGCCGUUGGCCAUAGGUAAUGACAAAGAAAGAUUGGCAAAAGAGAGGCCUACAUUGGGUAAAUUCUGCUAAUCCAGAUCAUGGCUUACUCAGAGCCCCAGCUGCUACUAUGUGAGGCAGUACCUGAGUAAAAGGAGAACCUUGAUGGAAAUUUGUGAGUAAUAGACAAACAGGAAAGGAGGAAGAUCAGAAAUACUGACAUGAGUAACCAAUAAUUCCUUAUGUUGAAAAAUCCACAGACACAGAUCUCUUAUUUAAAAAAUAGCUCUGUUAACUCACCCUGACAGAAGUACUCAGUGCCAAACAGUGAUUAUUUGUGGCCUGGGGAAAGAGAACACAGAUACCCUGUAGUAUACAAGUACAAGGGAAACAUCAUCAAAGUGCACCUCUUCCAGACAGAUUCAGUAUUAUGUUCAGCGCCAGAAGGAUCAUUGAGGUUAGGGAGGGACAAAUAAUUUUAUAUACCUAAACUAUAUAUGUGUAUAUAUGUAUAUGUGGCUUUAUAGUUUUAUAUAUAUGUGCACGUGUGUAUAUAUGCAAUAUAUACAUAUGAAAAAGAAGUUCUACAUAAUGAAUUUUAUAUAUACAUAUGUAUUUAUUUGGUUAAUAUUGGUGUUGGUUUCUGAGAUUCUGUUUUUGGAAUGGAGCAUUUACAUGAGGUUCUGGCAUGUACUUUUCAUCACCACUUGCCCUUGGCCUCUACUAGUUGUUUCCAGAGGCAGACAUAUCUAACAAACAUUUGGGAAUCAGGAUGUCCUGAAACUCUUGGGCAUUGUUGUUUCUUUGCUGGCCUUCUCCCUAAGACCCACUUUAUUAAACACUACUGUGGGUAUAUAUGAGGAUUUCCUUACCUCUGGUCUCCUGGGCAUUUGAUAAUCCUUUUUAGGUCAGGAAGAACUCAGGGGAUACUACAUCCAGUGUCUUGCUUUAUUACAGGUGGUGUUUUGCACUGGAUCUGCAUGCUGGCUCAUGCCAUACUCUGCUGAACUAGAUAAAGGGGCAUACUUUCAGUAGUGACAAACAAGCGUUGAGUACCUACUGUGUGCAAGGCACUGGGCCUGUUUGAAUGUUAGUCAUUCAACAGAGAGAACCCACACAAUUUCAGGUGGGUUAGCUCUUGUGUGACUUCACUCUGGUGAAGCUUGAUCUCAAAACUCCCAUUUCCUAGGAAGGCCAGGGGAAUACAUACCUCUUUCUCCUUGAAGACAUAAUGGCUAAUCCCAUCUUUGGAUGUAUUUGCUUUUUUUAGAUCUGUUUUCUUUUUUCUUUUUGGCAUUAUACAAACACAUAUGUGCACACAUAGCAUUUUACUUCUGUUCUUCAGGAAAGUCCAAUGGCACAAGCUGCUGGAAGCGGGGCAGGGGAAGCCUUAGACAAAGACACAGUCUUACCAGUCUAAAGUCAGGAAUGAACUCUGUGCUAGUGAUAUUUAUUAUAUCUAAAACUCAGGAAUGCUGUUCUUUCAAUGGCCUGGCAUGGAGUGCUGUGGGCCCAAUUCUAUUGAUUCUGUUUAGUGCCAUAUGCUCUUAUGCCUAAAGUGACCUUACAGAGAUGGCAUUUGGGCGGCCUGGUGGGCCAGGAACAUCUUUGCCUGCCCAAACUUCUUCCUUAUUCCAGUUCUGUUCUCCUGACUAACCUGACUUCUUUAUUCCCAGCUUAAUUUACCUUAUUACCAUGGCAGAAUCCACCUGUUUGUAUACACACUGUCAUCCUGUCUUUUGAUGCCUGGUUGUACAGAAUGUAACCAGGUAGUAUUGCUUUAAUAGUCCUUGCCUAGGUUUCUUAUUAUGUAGGCAUGUCAUAGCCAAAAUUUAGUUCUAGGCUAUUUUCUAUUCUGUUCAACCCCUAAAAAAACUAGUUUAUUUUGAGACUCAUAAAAUAGACAAACAUAAAAGACUAAGUGUUCUGAAUACCUAUAUCUUGAUAAUAGGUAAUGAUAUUGAGAAGAAAAUGGCAGUGUUUUUUGUUUUGUUUUGUUUUGUUUUUCCUUUUGCAGGGCAGAGGAAAUGUUUUCUGUUGCAGAUGCUAAUUUGUCUGCAAUCUGAACCAAAGCUCUACAGAUAAGUGUUUUUCCAAAGGGGCUGCAAGAUGCUAGGUGCCGGGGUAGUGGAAUAAUGCUUGAAAGUUGUGCAGGGGAUGAAUUUCCCUGGAUAUUUGUCCUGUAAGAUGCUUUAAGAAUGUUACUAAGUUUUACAUAAUAAUAAAAUAAUUAAUGUAGGAGAUGUCUGUCUAAAGCAGUAAUUGCCUAAGAGCUAACAUGUGAGUGACUCACGUCAGGCACUUUUCUGUUUAUAUAAUGCACAUUCUAAAGUGUUCACAGUAUUUGGUGAUUUUGAUGACUUUAAAUAAACAUAUGAAUUCAAUGGGG